UUCAAAUAAAGAGACUGUCAAAAGAGAAAAUUUCCCUGAGAAAAUUCCUUGUCUUCUGCAUUCAAUAUUAAGUUCGGAAAAAUUCUCUCCGUUCAUAAGGAACCAUUAUCUAUUCGAUGCAACGUUUUGAUGCCUUGACCCACAAUCUUAGAGAGUGUGUCUUGGACAUGGGCUCGUUUUCUAAAGAUCAGAAGAUCAUUGCUUCCACAAUAAUCGACGUAUGGUCUGAACUACACGGCAAAGAGAGUAUCAUCUGCAUGAAUUACAUUCAAGAGCUUGCUUCCCACAAUCUACUUAAACUUCUUCCUCUUGGGAAAAAUAAGUAUGAAGAUGGCUUCUUCAAUGAGUUCUUGGUCAAACAAGAUAACAUCUUGAGAGAAUUUGCUAUACACCAAUGCGAAAAAGAGUCCUUAUCGAUCCUCCAAAGGAAAAGAUUAAACAUGGAUAUACAAGAAAACAAAUACCCAAACUGGUGUUUAAAUCAAAAACAGCCUGUUACUUUGAACGCCUCUCUACUGUCUAUCUCUACUGAUGAUUCAUUUACAUCAUGUUGGGUUGAAAUGCAUUGUCCAAAUGUUGAAGUUUUAGUUCUUAAUCUCUCUUCAUCAACUUAUGCAUUACCAAACUUCAUUAUUACAAUGAAGAAACUGAAAGUUGUGAUGAUCAUCAAUCAUGGUUUUGAACUUACAAAGUUGACCAAUUUGUCUUGUCUCAGCUUAUUACCAAACCUGAGGCGGAUCAGAUUCGAGAAAGUUUCAAUCACUUUGCAUGACAUUCCCAAAAUUCAGCUCAAAUGUCUUGAGAAGCUAUCUCUUUGGUUGUGUCAUUUUAGUGAUGUUCCCAGCGAGUUAGAAGACUUAAAAGUUGAUGUCUCUGAAACUCUACAGAGUUUACAAGAAAUCGAAAUAGAUUAUUGUUAUAAUCUUGUUGAAUUACCAUACUGGGUCUCUCAAGUUGUUUCACUUAAGAAGCUUAGCAUCACGAAUUGUAACAAGCUAUGUAAACUUUUAAAAGGUAUAGGCAACUUAAGGAACCUUGAAAUGCUGAGAGUCAUUUCUUGCAGUAAUAUCUUUGAGCUUCCUAAAACAAGCGAGAGACUCAGCAAUUUGCGGUUGCUAGACGUUUCUGGAUGCUUUCAGCUGAAAAGAUUGCCUCUAGAGAUUGGGAAGUUGCAGAAACUGAAGAAGAUUUUGAUGAGAGAUUGUUACCGCUGUGAGUUGCCAGAUUCAGUGAAGAACCUAGAGAAUCUAGAAGUGAGAUGCGACGAAGGUACUGUUUUUAUAUGGGAGAGAUUCAAAUCAAAAAUGAAGAAUCUGACAAUCACAGAAGAGGAAGCAGAGCAUAACCUCAACUUGCUUCAACUGUUCUAAUGUAAGUUUUGCUUUGUGUGUGAUGUCUUGCAAGUUUGUAACAUUGGGAAUUAAGGUAAAAACUAUAUGAACUAGUAUUCAAUAAAUUAAUAUAUAUGAUAAUUAAUAAUU